UGAUUGGCUGCCCUUGCAUAUUUACGGAAGUGGUUGUUGUCACAGAAGCGCGGCACGGAAAAUUGACCUGCUCCACGAAGUGUUUGGUUAAUAUGCAGACACAGGGUCGCGCUUCUUUUGACAAUAAGCAACAGAAACCAUGCGGUGAAUUUCGAGUUCUUGUUGGCGUAACUGGAAGCGUUGCAGCCUUGAAGCUACCUCUUUUGGUCGAGCAACUUCGUCUCCUCCCCGGGGUGAGCUGCUUCGUAUUUAGAGUGGACGUAAGAGUAGUCACUACUGAGCAUGCCAAGCACUUCUACAAUCCUGAGGAGGUUUCAGUAGAACUCUACGAUGACAAGGAUGAGUGGGAGAUGUGGAAGCAGAGAUCUGAUCCGGUGCUACAUAUUGAGCUACGGCGUUGGGCAGACCUAUUUGUUAUUGCCCCUCUAGAUGCCAAUACACUUGGGAAGAUGGCUAAUGGCAUUUGUGACAACCUGCUGACGUGUGUAGUUCGAGCCUGGGACAUCACUCGACCUCUCCUCUUCUGCCCUGCGAUGAAUACAGCUAUGUGGCAUCAUCCCAUUACAGCUCAGCAGAUAUCCAGGCUGAAAGAGUUUGGAUAUACAGAAAUUCCCUGCAUUGCUAAGAAGCUAGUAUGUGGUGAUGAAGUUAAUCACUGCUGGCUUCAAACCAAUCCCUUAAAACACGUCGAUACAUUCUUUUCACGCAGCUGGGCGUCCUCCUCCUGCCGUCAUCCAUCAUUUUGCUCAUCCUUUGCCCUUGACCCCGGCUGCAGUCCCACACAACAGGCUUGGAAUUCACGACCUCCGACUGCAGGCAUUUGUGCUUUAUCUCAUCUGUCAGAAUUUAGUAAUAAAGGUAAAGGUGGAAUGGCAGAGGUUCCUACUAUUGUGAGCGCUGUCAGCCAGUUUCUUCAGAUGCCAAAUGAGCCGACGCAGAAAACAUGAAUGACAAAUUGUGUUGCGCAAUGGGUGCAAACGACCAGCAGAAAGUAAACACGAAUGACUAAAUGAUUUUGUGUCCGAGCCCUCAGACCUACACACCCACCAAACUGUUUCACCUGUUUACCUCCUCACUAAACCUACUGGGAAUGUGUGGGUGUGUCCUUGAUGGGCAUCUCCCUGUCUGUUGUGUUAGUUUUGUUCCACCUGUCGGGGCAGGAUGAUCUACACCUUAAGCAUUUGUUUAAGGACGGCUGAUUUAUGACCUUGAAUAAAUCCUGACAUAGCAUGAAUCAAAUUCAUCCUCUGCAGCUUAAUCAGUCAGAGCAUGAUGUCUACCAGUAGCUAGCUCCUAUCACACUGAUUAAAACUGAAUUAUCAGCUGAUUUUCUCAUGUAAAUUCAUUAUUGAUCUCAGGAGGAAUGUGUGAUGCUAGUUGCCUGUAAAAGCAGCAUUUCAUUGGUGACAUGUAAAACAAAUGUGUGUAUCAUGUCAAACAGAGCAUAAUUACUAUGCUGCACACAGCGAAGGGUUGGCAAACAAAUGGUGUAUUACUGCCAGCUUCUUGAAUAGAAUGAGGCUGAAUGGAUAAACUGUUUCACAAACCUGUUUAAGGAUGUGCUCCACUGCUGACCCUGUGAUCACUAUGGCUGAACCAACAAUGUGCAUGUUUGUAUGGAAAGCAACACGUCUGAUGUGGGUUUCUGCAUUAAAAGCAUAUGAAUAUCAAGUCA